AUGCCAGGAGACUUCGUGGCUUUUAUACAUUUCUUGUUGGUGGCCUGCGCCAUAGCAGUUGACAACAGCGUCAAUUCAUCGCCAAUCGCUGAUCAAGCUUCCUUUGAAAACCCACAAUCAGUUCUGGGAAAGGGAGAUCAGGGCGGACAACUACCACAACGUUACAAGGGGAUUACUAUCGACGAUCUCUAUAUUGCACGAGAUGCGGGAGGCAAUCAGAAGUGCUGCCCUCUUGGGACCAUCUUAAAUGGACAGACCUGCAUUUUUCCCGAGUCCCCUAUCUGUCCGUCUGGGCUGAUCCUUGUGGACAACAUCUGCGUGACUGCUGAUCCUCCCUCUUGCCCGCCUGGCCUUGUGUUCAGCGGAAAUGGAUGCAUCUCUGUAGAACCCCCAUCAUGCCCGCCUGGUACAGUAUUUCAUGGGGGUUCCUGCGUUUCAACACAUAUUCCAUCCUGCCCGGCGGGUCUCUCAUACAACGGGAUCAACUGUGCAUCCUUGACUAAGCCUGUCUGCCCACCAGGGCUGGCAGUCCAGGGGCAGUUAUGUGUCCUGAAGCAGUCACCAACAUGUCCCCACGACUUGACCUUUGAUGGCAAAAGAUGUGUGGGCUCAAAGCCCCCAGCCUGCCCACCGGGAACCACUCUAGUCGGCGAGCUGUGCACUUCGACUGCUCCUCCAUCGUGUCCUUCCGGCUUUGUGUUCCAAAACAAAAUUUGCACACACACGGCAAGGCCUGCUUGUCCAUCGGGGUCAAUUUUCGAUGGCAAAGUGUGUUUGUCAGAGCAGGCUCCCACCUGUGCGUCGGGUACUUUCGAUGGAAAGGUCUGUCGUUCGACGGAGCCUCCAUGGUGCCCCGUCGAUUCAAAGUUUGAUGGGAAUGCCUGCGCUACAUCCGAGCCUCCCUCAUGCCCUCCUGGACAUAUCCUGUCCAGAUCUGCCAACGGAGAGGCAAGAUGCUGUCUACAGGGCCUCAUUUGGGAUGGCACAUACUGUAUCCUCGUCCCUAAGGAUCCAGGCUCGUGUCCCCCUGGAAGUCACUAUGAUGGCACCAAGUGCGUGUACACUCCUACACAAGAACCAAGCUGUCCGCCGGGCACAAUGUUGAAAGAUACAUCAUGCGUCUCGUCAAAACAACCAUCCUGCCCCCCAGGGACGACAUUCAGUGGAAGGUCCUGCGUGAGCUCCGACUCGCCCACAUGUCCUCCAGGAACAACAUUCGACGGAGCAAACUGCGUGCAUCAUGAGCGUCCUGCCUGCCCCCCUGAGUCAACCUUAAGUGGGAAUACAUGCGUCUCUCAUAACGAACCUUCCUGUCCACCAGGAACCACCUUUAAUGGCCAAGUUUGUCUCUCCAGUGAACGGCCAACCUGUCCUCCUGGAUCAACCCCUAGCAAUGGAGUAUGCGUCUUUCCACACAAUCCACUUUGCCCUCCAGACAUGAGCAUGAAGGGCGAAAACUGCGUGUCCUCUCACCCACCAAGCUGCCCAGCCGGAACCACGUUCGACGGCACAUCCUGCAUUUCAAAGGAUCGUCCCACAUGUCCACCUUCCUUUACUUUCGACGGCACCAGCUGCGUCUCCGAUAAACACCCAUCCUGCCCGCCAGGCAUGACAUUUGACGGCCUUUCCUGUGUCUCCAAAGCCAGACCAACAUGCCCUCCCGGGACAUCCUUCGACGGAGAGCACUGUACAUCAGCAAGCAGUCCCUCCUGUCCCCCAGGGUUAACAUUCGACGGACAGACCUGUGUCUCGAAUUCCCGGCCCGCAUGCGCUCCAGGCACGGUGUUUGAUGGCGAGACCUGUGUGUCCGAUGCACGACCCUCCUGUCCACCAGGAACUACAUUUGAUGGCACAACCUGUGUUGCCGAGGAGCGACCCAGCUGCCCACCUGGAACGGUCUUCAGUGGUGAUAUCUGCGCCUCUGUCACUCCGCCGACGUGUCCCCCAGGCACUCAAUUCGACGGCACAAAAUGCGUGGCCACGUCUUUACCGGCUUGCCCACCGGGUCUUGCGCUAGUUGGAAACACCUGCCAGUCCACGGUUCAGCCUGUCUGCCCGCCGGGCACAACGUUCGAUGGUAAGCGGUGCUCGACUGGUGUAGGGUCAGAAUGCUUCGAGAUGCAAGUGUGUCCUUCAAGUAGUCGGGGAAGUCCUCUUACAGUUUGA